UUUGGAUCCAAAGCGACGUAAAUAUACAGCCGGCGGAAUUUGCCUUUAAUAUACACGCUGCUUUGAUGUAUUUGUGUGCUUGUGUAUAGAGAGUGACUCCAUUAGACACGUUGACACUGACAAGAUGCUUAGUGUUACUACAAAAGUGAGAAGAGAGAGCAGGCUGAUAUGGUACUUGCAGAAACGAUUUAAAAAGGUGUCUGCUAAGGUGACAAAUGUGGACCGGGCCCUGCAAUACUUUGACAUCGCUAUGCCUCCUGUGUACCAAGCCCGCUGGCCCUCUAUCAGGCUGGCCCUCCUCUCCAAACAGAGAUAUGUCGCUCUUCUCAAUAAUUUUGCAGACUACGACCACAUUAUUGAAGACCUUUAUGAUCUGGGAGCUAUGGACAUCAGGCAUCAAUAUUCACACAUCACUGAACGUAUGAAAAUUGCAGAAGCAAAGACUAAGGUGGCUAAGGCUGAAGAGUGCACCCCGCAGCACCAAGAAGACCAGCAGGAAGAUGCCCGACCUGUCAGGCCAUCACUUAUUGAGCUUGAUGAUGAUGAGUUAGCUGCCAGGGCAAACAAAGAGCCUAUUAGUCGCUAUCCAGAAGAAUACCAGCUUAGAGCUCAGGCCCAAGACCAUGGACCAGGAAGUGUUGAUGUGGAGCACAGCAGUCGAGUCAUCCUUCCCUCAGAGGUGGGAGUGGAAGGCACCAACAUCCUGCACGACCAUGUACCAGCCACAAAACUCAAGGGACUUGAGAAUUGGAUAGAGGAGACGGACUUGUUUGUAAAUACCAGUCUUAGAGAUGAUGAGAUUGGUAUCAAGAGGGAAGUGCAGAAGGAGCCAAUCAGUCUUCCAUCACCACUCAAGGUCUUCUCAUUCCCCAAAGGGGACAUCACUAGCUUUCCUCAGCCUAAGAUGGACAAUAAAAUGAAAGUCUUCACACACUACAUUAUGGAUGGAGCGUCUCUCAUGCCAGUCCUCGCCCUAGACCUUCAGCCUGGGGAGAGGGUGUUGGACCUGUGUGCUGCACCGGGAGGCAAGACUCUUGUGGCACUUCAAACAAUGCUCCCUGGAAUGGUAGUGAGCAAUGAUGCAUCACUGGGAAGGGUCAGGAGGUUAAACAACGUGUUGAGGCAGUAUAUACCUUCUUGCUUGAGCCAAAUUCAGGGAUCAAUAGCAGUAACUCAGAGGAAUGGUUGUAUACCUUGGGAGCAAGAGGCAUUUGACAAGGUGUUGGUGGAUGCUCCCUGCCUCACUGACAGACAUGUGCUGCACGAAAGUGACAACAGCAUUUUCAGUCCCAAGAGAUCAAAAGAAAGGCUCAGGUUACCUGAGUUACAAAGUGCACUGUUGGUGUCAGCACUACAGAUGGUGAGGCCAGGAGGUACAGUGGUGUACUCUACCUGCACCCUUACACCACUACAGAAUGAUGGUGUUGUGCACCUAGCCCUAUCCAAGAUCUGGCAGGAGACCACCAUUGACUGUUGUGUGGUUGACCUGACACAUGCCAUGCGUCCUCUGAGCUUCCUCUACCGACUGGGUACCAAUUUGGGUCUGCGAUAUGGCCAGAUAAUAUUGCCGUCCCUCUUGUCCAACUUUGGUCCUAUGUACUUUGCAAAGAUCAAGAGACUAAAAUGAGAUAUUAAGGUAUGUAACAUAAGAAAGCAUACUCUUAUUGUUAAGAGUGCAUACCAAUAAUCCUGUGGUAUAUUUGUGUUAUACAUAAGAAAUGCAUAUGCCACACCAAAUAGAAGUAAUGAAGAGAGAAUAUUGAGAUAAUGUAUGAUCAAAUAAGUAUGACCAGGAAGUAUGUGAGGUAAGUACUUGCCAUAAAGGAGCCUUACUCCAGAUCAGACUGUCCAAGCUCUGCAUCUGAUCCUUAUAAAGUAAGGGGUGGUGUAUUUUCUCUUUUCCAUCACGGACAAUGAUUGUAAAUGUGAGAGUGCUGUCUCUACUUUCAGGGGAGACAGCCUUGGUAUAUACAUGUAUGUAUUACCACACAUUCUUUUUUGUAUUGGCUGUAUGGAUAUUUAAAGAACAACUUAAAAAAGUGUUUAUUAUAAAAUAAUUAUGCACAUUGAGUCAUGUGAAGCACAGUGUUAAGUUAAUAAUAACUGAUGGAUGUGGUAAACCAACUGGGAAACCAUGACAAGCUCCCAUCAUCAAUGGUCAACAAAUUUCCAGGUUCAGAGUAAUUGCUAAAUUAGAAAACUGGAUUUGACAUCACACUGCUGAGGGUUGGUAAUGCAACAAUAAUCAUUAUUUGUCUCAUCAGCAUUAAUAAAAUAAAGAAAAGUAUGCAUGAUUUUACUUUUUUUUCACAUUUAAUGCUGGUGCAGAUGAAAUUUUAUGCAGUGCCUCAUAUGUAUAUUUUAAGUAAACAUUUAUUUCCCACAUAUAAUCUACUAAACAUGAAAUUUAAUUCCUGGAUUGCUAAGUACAGGGCACCCUACACUUAUUAUAUAUAAUGUGUCUUGAUACUGAUGUGUCAUGUGCAUGUUUCCCGCUCCAGUGCAUACUGGUACAGUCGUGGUCAGAAGUCAAAUAUGAUGCAAUCACACAUGCUUUGCUUUUCUCUCAAUUGCAAGUCCUCUGAUUUGUUUGCAAUCUCCUUAUUAUCCGACAAUUGAUAUAUUAGCAGAUCAAAGGGCAUGACUGAGUGAAAACAAAACACAAUUAAAUUGAUUGCAGCAUGUUAUCUGACUACUAAUCAUGACAAUACUGAGGACAUAUGACUAUACUACACCUUUGGGUUACUGGUAAAAUGGAUCAGAACACAACUUGCUAUCAUAGCACCUAAUGGAAACCUCAGAUCAAUCAGGAGUGAUACAAGUUAAAAGCCACAACAAAUCAUACUUUUGCCAAUCCAUGCUCACCAACAUGCCUGAACUUAAAUAUCCUCAUGCAAGUUUGAGAUGUGCAGAUUUUUAUGAUGGAAUAUUAUUGCAUGAAGUUUCUUGACUUUCAAAUAUUAAUUGACAUAAUCAUUUAGGGAAAAGAAAGUGCUUACAGUAACAAAUCAGACAAAACAUUUCAGACAGAUAGACAUUCACACACUAAAUUCCUUGGCAUAAUUUAGAUUACACAUUAAAUGAUAAGCAAGUCCUCCCAUAUACAGAGUACCUACUACCACAAACCAUUACUUAGAGGCACUAUAGUAUAUCCAUGCUCAGUAUAUGACAGGGAUAGUCGUUAUCAUAUUCAGCUUAUCCUGUAUGGUCAAUAAGUUAAUUAUCACCAUCAAUUACAUAUCAAUUAAGAAAGAGGCCAUUCUUGACCCCACCACAAUAUUGAACAUGCUUUCCUCAAUGCAUCAUGUCUGAAGUCUUGCCUGCAGGUUCAUCUUGUUUCAUCUCUGACUUGUCUUCAUCUACUCUUCUUUCCUUUCUCUAUGGAUCCAGUCACUCGGCUUCUGCCACAUUUGUUGUGUGUUCCUCAAGCCAAGAGUCAUGUACAUCUCCAUUUCUACUCUAUUUUAAUUAUUAACAAGCUACACUGUCAAGUCUAGAACUUAAUACCCAUACUGAUGUCCUAUAUCCCCCUUGUUUGUGAGACAUGCAGAAAUCAGAACCAUGUGGAGAUAUGGCUGGAAUAUUAUCAGAUUAAGUAAAAGAUAAGGAAGUUGUAACAUGUUCACAUGAGGAUGAUUUAUUAAUCUGUUUUAGUUUCUCUAUUCAUAAAAAAACUAACUAAAUACAGGAGCCAUGGAAGUCCAUAUGUACGACUAAUUCUAUCAGAGGACAUAGUGAUCAAUGAUAUAAGUUACUUAGUAUUCUGCUUACGUGUAUCCUGCAUACUCCUAACUAUUCAGUCAGGCACUAGUGUAGUCCUAAGCAAGUCAUCAUCCAACACUACGUCCCACUAACAAUUUAUGAGCAACAUUCAGCACAUCACUGUCAAUUCUCCAGAAACAUGGUAGUAGAUAAAUUUGUUUGAUUUAAAAUUUAUAUCACAGGAUGAACAGCUGAAAAAUAAGUACAUCUUCACAUUUGUGCCUAAUUUACAACAUAAAUAAAGUCAGUAACACUGGAAAAACAACUA